AUGCGAGUCUUCAAGAAGCUGACCAGCUACAUCAUGCAAGACGAUUUGCUUCAGCCGCGGCUGAGUAUAUCCGAGUCUAUGAGCAUCGCAGCGGACCUCAAGUUAGGAAAAGAGUUGGGAAAGGCAGAGAAGGAACUUAUUGUGGAAGAAAUCCUGCAGACAUUAGGAUUGUGGGAGCACAGAAACACCAGAUCAGAAUGCCUAUCUGGAGGACAGUCCAAACGACUCUCAAUCGCUUUAGAACUCGUCAAUAACCCUCCUAUCAUGUUUCUGGAUGAACCUACUACCGGUUUGGACGUCGUGUCCAUCAGGCAACUGGUGGUGCUUCUUCGUUUGCUAUCACGUCAAGGCCGGACCAUCAUCUGCACUGUUCAUCAGCCCUCUGCAUCGCUGUUCUCUCUGUUCGAUCGUGUGUACAUUGUUUCAAGGGGCAUGUGUUGCUACCAGGGCGCGGCUCCCCUGCUCAUUCCGUUUCUGGCCGAAAUUGGUCACAUAUGUCCAUCAACGCACAAUCCCGCUGACUUCGUGUUAGAGACUCUCGCCACCGACCCGGAGGCGUCCGCUCAGAUGUCGGAGCUGUGCCAAAAUGGAAAACUCUGCCGAAAGUUGGACAGGAUGACACUUAGAGGAGGAAGGUGA